AUGGUGCGCCCGUAUCAGCUGCCAAUGGGCAUGGCCCUGACGCUGCUAGCAGCCGUCAAUGUCGCAGCAGUUCCUUCGGUCACUGUGGACAUGAAGGCGGCCUUUCCAUCUGGCCCUUAUCUCAUCGAGCUGCUCGAAACUGCCGCGGGUGAAAACGCAACGUCAUAUUUCCCUCUUCUCGACCGCGUUGCCGGUGGGCAUUUCAGCGAAUCCAAGACCGACAAGGAAGUCUACGACAAGUUCCUCCAAGUCCUCAGUGAAGAUGGACACAUCACAACUCCUGAAGCUCUCUCGACCUUCAAGCUGGCCCUGUCCUUGAGGACAGCAGCCCCGCGAAUUGAAGCUCAUUAUCAAUACUAUCGAACGUCUGUCGAACCGAAACUCGAAUCCGAGGUUCAGGAUGGCUGUGAGGUAUGGGCCGAGUUGGGAGGGAAGCAAUACUGCAAUCCGUCUUUGGACAGUCCCAAAGACACAAAGUUGAAUGAGGCGAAAGCCCUGCCGUUUGACAGGACAUUGGGAUCAGGCAAAGAAGCUGUUCUCUAUGCAGACCCCACCUCUUCAGCCUUUGGCGCAUUCCACAGCGCGUUGGCGCAUAAAGCUCGUAACGGCGAGGUCGAAUACCGACUGCGCUACACUAAGCCCGCAAAUAGCUACGAUGAGGCAUUGCCCGUUAGCGGCUACGGAGUUGAGCUGGCAUUGAAGAGAACUGAUUACAUUGUCAUUGACGAUCGAGAGGCCAACACCGACGAUUCCCAGAAGAAAAUCACAUCUGAAGAAGUGUUGGAUACUGAGGAGGAAGUGACAGACCUUAAGCCGUUGGCAAAAUCAGAGCUGGAGCAACUCGGCUUAAAGGCUGCUUCCUUCAUCAUGCAAAAUCAGAAUCCCUUUGAGGCAUUGCUCAAGCUUACUCAGGAUUUUCCCAAAUUCUCUGCCUCAAUUGCUUCCCACAAUGUCUCAAAGGACUUUCUCGCCGAACACCAACAGAACCGUCAACAACUAGUACCAAGCGGGAUGAACGUUCUUUGGAUGAAUGGUGUUCAGCUCAUCGAACGACAGAUUGAGGCCUUCACAUUGAUUGACCUACUCCGACGUGAACGCAAGUUGAUUAACGGUGUUCGUGAAUUGGGCUUUUCAGGGGGACAGGCCGUAUCGCUGCUUGGCCAUCCCAAGGUAGCCGAAUCUAAAGCUGAUGAUGAACCCCCUCGUUUUGACUGGACGGAUGACAUCGAAGAGGGUAAGGUCAUCAUCUUCCUCAACGACCUUGAGAAGGAUGAGCAAUACGCCGAGUUUCCCACAGCUCUUAUGUCUCUCCUCCAGCGCGUUUAUCCCGGUCAGCUUCCGCCUAUCCGCCGAGACAUCUUUAACCUCAUCGUUCCUCUCGAUUUCUCAAACAUUGAAGAUCUCAACGUUCUCGCCCAGCUCAACUCCUUUGUCAAGCGAAAGAUUCCUAUUCGUUUUGGUCUGGUCCCUCUGACACCCACCGAUGACGCAGUCGGCAUUGCCAAGAUUCUUUACUAUCUUGUUGAUACCUACGGCCUCGAAGCAUUUAUUGAUUACUUGGAUGCUGCCAUGCAAGCUUCCAAGUCGGAUAAGGCGGAUGCCAGCAGCUUUGAAAAGGCGAUCAAGGAUAAGGAGUUGCUCCCAGAUGCCAAGGCUGUGGCUUUUGAGGGUGUACUGCAGUCUGAGGGCGCUGAGAAAGUGGUCAGACUUGCUCAGCAGUGGGCCAAGCGACUGAACGUGAACACACCUGUUCCUCCUGUCUUCAUCAACGGUAUUCCCGUUCCACGGGAAAACAACUGGCUUCAGGCCAUGAGCAUGAAAGCGACCAGCGAUCUGCAAUCAGUUCAAAAAGCCGUCUAUCUGGGUAUGAUUGAUGAGGAGAUGUGGGUUCCAGACUUCUUCCUCGAGAAGGCUGUCAAGCGACGUAAUACUUAUAUCUACCCCGAAGACAACAAGUCUUUGAGGAUCUUGGAUGUGAACAAGAUCUACACCGAUCAUGACAGUCUAUUCAGUAAGAUUCCGGUUAUUGAAGCUUACGCCGAAUCUACGAAGGAGAACUGGGCUGUGCUCACCGUCGUUGCCGAUGUCACCUCUGACGUGGGAGCGGCCCUUCUCCAUGCGGCCGUGGCGUUCCGUCGUAACAACCCUGGCGUUCGUCUUGAUGUUGUACACAACCCCGAACUCCCUGCCACAGCUUCUUCCGUGAACGCAGCUCUGAAAAACAGCGGUGAAAAGCUCGCCGAGGCCGAAACUUUGGCCGACAUUAAGGCGAUUACUGACGCAGCUACCGGCGAUUCAGACGGCAUCCAUGCUGCAGCUCUUAGCGAGUUCCUUUCUUUCGCAGCGAUCAAGCCCGGUUCCAACGUGCUCGUUUUGAAUGGACGCGUCGUUGGGCCCUUUACUGUAGAGGAACCUUUCGAGAGCGACGACUUCCAGUACCUUCUCGAGUUUGAACAAAAUGCUCGCAUCCUUCCUGUCUAUGCCGCCGUCGAGGAGCUUGGCUUGACCGACAAAAUCUCAGGACCUCUGGCAGCGGCCAAGAUUACAUCAGUCACAGCUCUCUCGACCAUAUCCGAUUUGCCUGAGGGCAUCUUUGAGUCCGCACCCUCGAUGCGCAUCAGCGCCUAUGACACCUGGAACUCAACUUAUACUGCCAUUGAGAUUGGCAACCCAGAAACUUCAAGUAUCCAUCUCGUCGGCGUUCUAAACCCUGCAAGUGAGCAAGCUCAACGAUGGGCGCCCAUCUUGAAGGUUGUGUCCGAGUUGGAUGGAGUGUACUUGAAGCUUUUCCUCAACCCGAGGGACAAGCUUGAUGAGCUACCUGUAAAGAGGUUCUUCCGUUAUGUCCUUGAGUCUGAGCCCAGCUUCGAUGAAGUUGGCAAGGUGCGCGCACUCGGCGCCUCGUUCAAAAGCUUGCCUUCAGAAGCUCUCCUCAACGCCGGCAUGGAUGUCCCUCCUUCUUGGCUCGUUGCGCCUAAGGUUUCCGUUCACGACCCCGACAACAUCAAGUUGAGUUCCAUUAAGACAAAUGUCUAUGCUUCGUAUGAGCUAGAAAGUAUUCUCAUCGAAGGGCACUCUCGUGAGGGCAAGACCACACAACCCCCGCGUGGCGCACAGCUCGUCCUGGGCACUGAGAAAGAACCUCAUUUCGCUGAUACAAUCAUCAUGGCCAACCUUGGCUAUUUCCAAUUCAAGGCCAACCCAGGCUUCUAUAACAUCCAGCUCAAGAAAGGAAAGACCUCCGAUAUCUACACCAUUGACAGUAUCGGCGCGAAGGGAUGGACGCCUGUGCCCGGUGAUGAGGGCACUGAGGUGGUGCUGAUGGACUUCCAGGGCACAACCUUGUAUCCGCGCCUCUCCCGCAAGCCUGGCCAGGAAGAAGCUGACGUCCUCGCGGAAUCGACUGACGACAACAGCAUUGUCGGCCGCGGCCUCAAGUUCGCUGAAGGCAUCCUUGGAAAGAGGAAAUCGGCCUCGGAUGAGGAGCAUGCCGAAAUCAACAUCUUUUCCGUCGCUAGCGGCCACCUCUACGAGCGUAUGCUCAACAUCAUGAUGGUCAGCGUAAUGAAGAACACCAAGCAUACGGUUAAGUUUUGGUUCAUCGAACAAUUCCUCUCGCCCUCAUUCAAGGAUUUCAUCCAGCACAUGGCGAAAGAGUACGGCUUCAAGUACGAGAUGGUAACGUUCAAGUGGCCUCACUGGCUGCGCCAACAAAAGGAGAAGCAGCGCGAGAUCUGGGGCUACAAGAUUCUUUUCCUCGAUGUGCUCUUCCCUCUCUCCCUCGACAAGGUCAUCUUCGUCGACGCCGAUCAGAUUGUUCGCACCGACAUGAUCAACCUCGUCAACCACGACCUUGAGGGCAAGCCGUACGGCUUCACCCCCAUGUGCGACUCCCGCACCGAAAUGGAGGGCUUCCGCUUCUGGAAGCAGGGUUACUGGGCAAAUUACCUCCGAGGUCAGCCCUACCACAUCUCGGCCCUGUACGUCGUCGAUCUCCGUCGGUUCCGCGAACUCGCCGCCGGAGACCGCCUGCGUCAAACCUACCACUCUCUCAGCGCCGACCCCAACUCGUUGGCAAACCUGGACCAGGAUCUGCCAAACCACAUGCAGUUCCAGAUCCCCAUCCACAGCCUACCCCAAGAGUGGCUGUGGUGUGAGACUUGGUGCUCCGACGAGAGUCAGCGCGAGGCCAAGACGAUUGAUUUGUGCAACAACCCGCAAACCAAGGAGCCCAAGCUCGACCGCGCUCGCAGACAGGUUCCCGAGUGGACCGUCUACGACGACGAGAUUGCUGCCCUGGACCGUAAGCGCAAGGGCCUGCCUGCCGAGGCACCCAAGAAGGAGACGGUGCCUGACGUCGUAGAGGAGAAGAACACCAAGAGCAGGAACUGGGAGGAGCCGCCUGCGGAGAAGACGCAUGUGAUAGACGAGCUGUAG